ACCAUAGGUGAGUAUUGGAACGAAGAUCAGCCGGUAAAUUUAGAGCUUUGCUUUCUGGUCCUGCUCUAUCUUCACCAUAACAGAGCGGUACAGCGACCACAUAAGAGCGGACGCUUUGCCAAUCCGCCUGUCGAUUUCAUGCUCUGAUCUUCCCUCGCGUGAACAAGACCCCAAGAUAAUUAAACUCCUCCACCUGGGGCAGGAGCACUCCACCCAUCGACAAUUACAUCAAUGUUUUAAAUUUGCUGAGAUGAGGCUGUUCCCUUCUCUUUUCUGAAGGAUUCCUCUAUCAGUUUACAGACUAGAAACCAAUUAAACCAAUCAAAACUAUUUUGUCUCUCUCCGUUUCUUCUCUGAAUCUAUGGCAUCAAAUGUCCAGUAUUGUUGUUUGAAAUAGUAUCACGGCCUUCACAACCACUUCUAAUGGUUUCCUUUUGUCUGACCACAUUUCUUCUUUGCUUUUCAGCUGCUCCCUUUAGUGGUCUCCACAGCAAAACCGCCUAGUUUCAUGCAGCCCUCCCCCUUCAUCCUUCUUCACUCACCCCAACUAGACUCAUGUAAGACAUGAAUGUAUUUCUUUUUAGGGAACUUCAGUACAGGAUUCAUUUGUCACUGAGAUAAACAGACUUUAAAAUCCAGAGAUUGUUUUUUUUGGCCUUGGCCCAUGUAGUUCAAAACUAAAACUUUUGAACUCAGACUUUUAGCAUGGUUCCAGUCCCAGGAGACAUUAUUGUUGCUACCUUCUGACAGCAAAACCAGAGAUCCAAGCGCUGCUUGAUUGAUUGCAGUCUUUUGCACUGCCAUCAGCCGUUUUCUACUUAUUAGCUUUGAUGGGGCAAUUUUCGUCUUCCUCCUCACAACCACUUCCUCUGCUUUGCACUGAAUUAGUUGUAGGGAUCCACACAGUGGGCCGAAGAGUAUUUUUCUUAAGCUGUGUGACUAAGUGAAAGCAGCUGCGUGUGGAGGUUGUGGCUGUUGAGAAAAACUGAUGUGUGCUCUUUAAUGGACAGCAGUCAUUCCGGUGGGACUGGAAUGGAGAAACCAUUAAGAGGAUGUGAGCAUGCCCCUCCACCCCCACACAAACACUGCUGUUGUCUGCCUGACUGCUGGCCAAGGGGGAACGUCUGCAUGUUUAGUCAUGUUUCUGCGCUGACUGAACUGCUUGACUUUUACUUACCUGACCUCAGGUGGAGUCCCUUCUAUUCUUUUGAAAAUAUUUCUGGGACACAGGACAGCUGAGCUGCUCUUCAGGUGCUUGUGCUGAGAGACAAAUGCAAUCAGAGUGUGAGACAGGCUAAAGGAGGAGACAUUUGCUGACAGGGAGGAGCUCACAUUUUUUUAGAGCAGUUUCAAAGCGGAAGCAGAGCCAGAGCUUUUCUUUGUUGUUGUUUUCUGCUCUUUUUCGUUACAAGAACUUUGCGAGCCACCAUGGAUAACUUCAAAAUUGUUCAGCAAUUCCUCAUGGACAAAAAAGCAACCAUCGGCUAUGGCGUGAUGGCCCUUCUGACUGUGGGUGGAGAGCGAAUUUUUUCCAUGGUUUCGUUUCAGUGCCCUUGCAAUUAUGAGCAGAACUUGGCUUAUGGACUCACUUUUCUGCUGGGCCCAGCAGCAGUCUUGCUGGUCCUUGGUUUUUUGGCCAACAUGAAGCUCUGGAGGCUCUACACGGGCUGCUGCCUGAAGCCCAGGAAGCUUUGUCCUCGAGGAAACUGCUUUGGCUGUUUUAGAGUUUUAUUAGGGAUUUUCUCAGAUGCCUGUGUAGCUCCUGUUAUGUGGCUGUCUGUUGCCUUGCUCAAUGGCACUUUCUAUGAGUGUGCCAUUAGUGGCAUGAAUGACAAGCUGGUGGUGGAUCUCUUUUGCAAAAACAAGACCUUGGCAUGCCAGAAGGAGCUUGCACGAGUGCCCUGCAGUCGGUCCAAACUGCCCAGCGAUGAGCAGGUGGAGCUGCUGCUAAUGUUCAGGGCUCAGUCUCAGAUUCUGGGAUGGAGUAUCAUCAUAAUAGCUGCCUUUGUCUCUCUGGUUGGUACCUGCUACAAAAACUGUCGCUCUGAAGUCAGUUACCUGCAGCUCACAUUCUGGAGGCGCUACCUGGACAAAGAGAGGCAGCACUUUGAUGAGUUCACUGCAGAGUAUGCCAACAAGCUGGCGAAAAGAAACCUGCAGAGCUUCUUUGAGCGGAAAAAGCCAGAUGCCAUGGCUCUUCCAGAUCAUACGGCAUGGGAGGAGAUCUCCGCAUACUACAAUUUUUCCAAGAAAGAAGAGUGUUACAGCAUCCUGCAGCGCUACGUGGAGAAGGGAGACAAAGGAUUAACACCUGAGAUGAGGCCUGUGUUGGGCAUGGCGAAUGAAAUCGAGGUGAUCUAAACUGCACGUUGUAAGAGCGACAACAGGCUGCAAAUGCAGGCAGCAGAAGGACGGACAUCAUGGAUGUUGUUGAACAGAGAGAAAGCUGCAGAGGACACUGAACGUGGAAAGUUUCAGGGCAGUUUUCCUAGAUCAAUGAAUUGAUGGAAUUGGUGUGUAAAAAUUACAUUACAACAUCAAAAGUUGUUCUGCUCUAUGUGUAGCAGUCCAAAAGAGUGUAAGGAAAACAACUAGCAUGCAUAGUUAAAUUAUUUGGCAGCUUUUAACAAGUUUAUUUGGUAUUUCAGAAGACACACAAUACCACUGUAGUUUCUUCAAAAAAAAAAAGAAAAGGCAGAGCUGUAGACAGACACACCACUUAAAAAGCAACUGCCCCGAAUAAAACAAAUCACAACAGUUCAGGGAACAAAGUGAGAACAGCCCCUUCCAGGAAGAGUCUGCACUGGCCCGCCCCCAGGCUAACAUAGAUACAUCAGCUUUCUGUGUGGAGCCGGCGGUGAUUGGCUAAACAGGCUUCGUAGGGUCAUGAAAAACCUGGAAAUGUGUUGGAAAUUGAAGAUGUAAUUUCAAGGUCCUUGAAAGUUUGAGAGAAAAAAAUCUGUAAAGUUUUGGAAAAGUCAUGAAAUUUUAAUAAUUGGAUGUAAAAAAACAAAAAAAAUAGAAUAGUUCAACAUGACAUUCAAGUUUUCUAAUUUGAAGCAGAAGUUCAACAUCUGUGAUGGACGUUUACGUUGAGUUGUCGUCAGUUCACCGUGCAACGCUUUUAGCUUGCUAUCAGACAUGGAGUGUUAAAUGCUAUGAAAUGCCAGGAAAAGUAGCUUUAACAACAAGUGGCUUUUCAAUGAGAACUGUGGCUACUGAAAGACCCAGACCAGAAACGUGCAAAAUGCAGACUUUGCUUCAAAGAAGCAGCAUGAAAGAAGCAGGGCUGGUGAGCCUCAUGAAAGGGAAGAAACAGCUCCAGCUGAAGAAGCCAGUCGCUCAGAGAACUUUUUAAAACAGGUUAUGGUGGCGUUACUAUGGAAAUGUAUUGCAUUCAAUAAAAAAAAAGCAUAAACAAACGGA